AUGACCAGAGAAGAAUCCCCGGGACCAUCGGCUACCAUCGCUGAUCCGGAAGAGAGUCGAGAGACGAGCCCGUGUCGUGACUGCGGCACUGCGCAUCACCCUGUCCGCCUCAUUAUCUGUGCAGAUGGCACUUGGUUGACUCCAGACGGAGCAAUUGGGGCCCCCCAAGGCAACGCAACAAACAUCAGUCGGCUGUGGAUGAUGGCAGCUGUGGGAGAAGUCAAGGACGCAACCGGGAAGACCUGGUCGCAGCAACGACACCCGAUUGUCGACGGUAUAGGUGCCGUCGAUGGCCCCAUCGAGCGCCUCGUCUCUGGAGUGACCGGGAAAGGGAGAACUGGCUACGAAUCCAAAAUCAAAGAGAUCUACAAGCGAUGCUGCAAGUUGUGCCCAUCCCAGGAUGAAAUCUUUCUCUUCGGCUCAAGCCGAGGCGCUUUCGUCGUCCGCGCCGUUGCUGGUCUACUUCACCACCUGGGAGCGUUGCGUGCCCAUGACCCUGACUUUGACGACGUUUUCCACAAGUCCCUACUACUUUAUCACGCCGCAAAGACGAGUGACGACCUGUUGCGGAACUCUGUGUUUGCACAUCGAUCACACCACGCCCGACCCAGUCCCUCAAUCAAGUUUCUCGGCUUGUUUGACACCGUCAAGGCCCUGGAUGACGAAGGUCUCAAUGACAUGGGUCUUCUGAGAACGACGUUGCACGCGCGGCAUGCGCUUGCUCUGUUUGAGCGCAGGAAUGCGUAUCGGCCUACCCGGUUCCCGUCCACAGAUCUGGACGAGUUGGAUGGCUCACGAAGUCUUCAGGAGGCCUGGUUCGUCGGCACACAUGGCAAUCUUUGCGGAGGAUGCGAGGAAGACGGCUUGGCUCUGUGGCCGCUGCAGUGGAUCGUCAGCGAGGCCGAGAAGUACGGAUUCAAAGUUGGAUUUCAACGGCUGGAAGGGUCAAAUGUCACGGAUCCAUCACACCUCAUCUUCCCCCGCGGUGUCCCAAUGAGGGAGAUCCGGUACAAGAACGGGAUAAAAUCAUCUGUGGCAGAUUUGACAGGUGCAAUGAAAAGACCUGGACUCAACGCCAGUCUUGACUUUGGAAUCGACAUCCCGGGAAAGGACGACCGACUCAUAUUCAAAGACGGAGGGCUAGUUGGCUAUCUCUCAAACAGUAAGUUUACCAAUGUCCUCUUACCCAGGCUGGAAGCCCUCACGGUGUCUUCGUUCACCCCUCCGUGUAUUAUCUUGACCAUAAGAACCCUGGAGUGGUUCAGCUGGUCAACGGGUGGACUUUCCAAAAGGAACUGCGAGACACAGAACGAUUUAUCAUUCGCGAACACCGAGCGCUAUGGAACAUACAUGACGAGAUCCACAGUGCAAUGGCCCCAGAUAUACCUCGAGUCUUGGUGGCAGGGCAUACGCAUGCUGGAAAAUCUGCACUGA